GCUUGGCGGUUAGUUGACUUGGUACGGUCUGGGUGUGUCGGGUCGAGCGCCAUAUUGAUCAUCAUCAUCAAACCUGCCAAGGGUUUGUCUGUUUCCGCCUGAAGUUUGGACUUUUCCUCCUGUUGAAAAAAUCGGAGUUUUCCGCAAAAACAAGGACGAUGCAGGCCAUUAAAUGCGUGGUUGUCGGUGACGGCGCUGUGGGUAAAACAUGCCUGUUGAUCAGCUACACGACCAACGCCUUCCCUGGCGAGUACAUUCCUACCGUGUUUGACAACUACUCAGCAAACGUGAUGGUAGACGGCAAGCCCAUCAACCUGGGAUUGUGGGAUACCGCCGGACAAGAGGACUACGACAGGUUACGCCCACUGUCCUAUCCUCAAACCGAUGUGUUCCUGAUCUGUUUCUCCCUCAUCAGCCCUGCAUCCUUUGAGAAUGUCCGUGCCAAGUGGUACCCUGAGGUCUCCCACCACUGUCCCAACACACCCAUCAUCCUGGUGGGCACCAAGCUGGACCUGCGCGACGACAAGGAGACUAUCGAGAAACUGCGCGAGAAGAAACUGGCUCCCAUCACCUACCCACAGGGCCUGUCUAUGUGCAAGGAGAUCAGUGCUGUGAAGUACCUGGAAUGCUCUGCUCUGACUCAGAAGGGACUGAAGACAGUUUUUGAUGAAGCCAUCCGUGCGGUGCUGUGUCCCCCCAAGGUUCCCAGGAAAAAGAAAAAGUGCAGACUGCUGUAAACCUCUCCACCUGGCUGUAGAGAAGCUUAUAUGGUUGGCAUGUUUCUGUGCUGUGUUUCUAAGUGGUGGCCAGAAAGGUAUCCUCAUGGAAUGUCCAAAAUCCCAGGCCAAUUGUGAUGAUCUUGCCAGUUUUGCAUGCAGGAUUUAUUUCUUACAAUUUACCCAAAGUUGUCAGCCGUAUGCAGUAAUGUAGAAGGCAAAGUUUCUAAGCAUUUAAGACUAACAUAAAGGCCAAACAUGGGGAAUCUUACUGAUUGUCACUUUGCACAGCACUGUAGAAAAUGGGCAAAAGGCAUAGCAGUAGUGGUCAACAUUUUACCCUUGGCUGAACACUGAACAGUUAUAAUGGAGCAUGGAAGUUCAUUUGAGUUGGUAGAUUACAUAGUGGGGUAAUGAAAAUUAAACUGUUCUCCAACUAAUAAAAUUGACUCACCGGAAUUUUUGAACGAAUCUCUAGACUUUGUCAUCAUCAGCUUUCUGACCCAAGUGUUGUACAUCCAUGAUUUUUUUUGCACACAUAACGUCAGCACUGGGUUAAAGUUGGUUGGAAGUUGGUACCGCUCCACGAUUUGGUUGAGAGAAGGUUGGUAUUCUGUCAGAGGAGUGAAGGAAGCCUCUACAUCAGGGCAUACAUGCACGAGCCUUCUCUCAACCGGGACGGGGGGCGAUACAGACUUCUGACAAGCUUUGACCCACUGCUUACGUCACACGUGUGAAAAAAAGCUACAGCAAGUGGAUCAGAAGGCUGAUGAAGACUAGAGAUUUGGUCAAAAAUUCCAGUGAGUCAACUUUUGAAGUCAGAGGACAGUUUACUUUUCAUUAGGUUGUACAUGGAUCUUUCUUACUAGGAUACAAAUGAAGUCAGCAUGGAAAAACGAAGCUUGCUUUGCAUACAUUUGUAAUUGGAAGUAUCCCUUUCACUGAAAUCUUGCCUAGAAGAGUUUUUACAGCCUGCUGUAUUGGUGAAGAGACUAGUUGCUUGAAGACUUGUAUGGUGAAGUGUAGAAACUGGAUUUUGGCAAAGAAUAUUGGCAAGGCAUGUAACUUGGCUUUGUUCCAGUAUUUCAAGUCAUUACACAUCUAUAACUUGCAUUUUAACAAGGUUGACCACGAUUUUAAGUAACAGAAUAACCAAGAGAUCUGGAAAUAUUGGCUUGUUAAUGUAUUUUCAAUAAAAUCAGUAGACCCUGCACAGUGCCAAUCAUAGCUGACUCCAACCACUAACCAAGAGGUUUUGACUUUUGUCAAGCAAAGUAUGAUUUUUUUACAUUACAAGUUAAUAACAAUCAAGCAAUUGAAAGGUGGUAUUGGCUAUGUUAACUAUGGUCAUUCAUGAUAAGAUUAUGCUAAUUUUUUAGGAAAAAUUCAAUUGUCAGAAGUCCAGUUGUAAAGAGUUGUUGGCUACCUGAGAUUUAAAUGGAUAGUUAUUUGAAGCCGUACAUUCAGAGUUAGAGUGGCUGGAUCAUGGAGUGUUCUCACCAGAUCACAGCAUCAGAUCUUCUUGCAUGCAGAUCUAACAUGGAUCACUAGAUGGCUCCUGAGUACAUACCAGUACACGAAAGACUGUUAGCUUUAAAAUUUAUACCAGGAGAUUUUUCAGAAGAACCUAUGCUUUGAAAAGCAUAUAUAACUGAAAGUAUCGAACUUAGUGAAAAAGAUGAAACAAAAAUGAACCCAGAAUAGCCUUUAAUACAGGUUACCCUCUAUGAUGUAAUGCCCACAUUUUAAGUAACUGAAAUUGGAUCUAAAUUUAAGAAUGUGUAUUUAUGUUUGAACCCCUUUAGAAAGACGAAAGCAGAACACAUUCCCACAAUAGUACGUGUAGUAGCAAGAGUUGAAUGCAGGUGUACAUGUAUAUGUGACUUACAUGUACUGUAUUGGUGGUAUUGCUGUACUGGGAUAAUACAAAAAAAUCAAACAAUCAAUGUUUUGGAUCAACUAAACUUCACAAUUUCAUCUUAUUAGAGCAGUUGUUUACGGAAAGGUCUGUUAGAAAACAUAUAUGUUAGUCUCAAGAGAGAUAUUUACCAAGAUGGAAAGGCUAAGGGUCCAUGGUGAAAACCCAGCAAGACUAACUUUUGGGGGACAUUGUUAGAAGGGGCAACACAAGGGAAAGUUAAUUUGUGUGCUUGUAAAUAAGAAAUCAUUGUUUUGAGCUUAGAUGUAGUGAGACUGAACUUCAGAUGAAUUGGUUACAAUAAAAGUGAUGUAUAAAAAUAGGAGCAAAUGCCAUUUAAGGUUAAACAUGUAUGUAACACAAACAGUUUAGAAGUAGAGCCAGGGAAAAGUUUGGUUAUACACUUUCUUAUUACAAGGAAUGUAGUAAAUAAUUUUACCCGAGACUGGCCCUACAGUUUAAAUUUAUCUAGUUCCAUUUUUGUUUGAUUGUCACAAUCUAGAUCAUUAUGUUAGAUCAUAUAACUACUGUAACAAUGGUUCAGACAUCUAAAUCGCACCAGGAAAAGAAGAACUGUAAUAUGUCUGCAUUUUGCAAUGAUUGAUUGCAAGAAAAUGACACUGAUGUUGUAUAGAAGUGUUUGCACAUGCACAAGUUAAGUUUGUUGGAGUAGUCCUAACAUGCUAAUGCCAUAUUCCUGUAGCAAAGUAGAACCAUUCUGUAUGUGUGUAGCCGGUGUAACUGCCUGUUGUAUCCAGAACUGUGCUUAAUCCAGAACUAUGCUCAGACAUGAUUCUGGAUUGUCCAUGCCUAUCCAGAACCAAUGGUCCAUGCCUGGGGGCAAAUCUAUGUUCUUGGAUAAAUGGAAACUGUCCAGAACCUUGUCUGAUCCUAUCCCUAACCCAUUCAGGCAUAGAAAUAGAAAGGCAUGGUUCUGGAUACAGCACCGCCCUUCAGCGUAACACACCAGCUUAGCAGGUAGUAGCUACCAGUAGCUUUCAUGAUUGUACCUACUAGAGACAAUACUUAUAUUACAAUAGCCAGGACUUCUGCAGCUCUUGUCCUGUAAGUUUGACUCCUUUGCAAAUGCAUUGGAAAUUACUGACAGUGUGUCAGCAUUGUUUUACAAUGCUUGAUGCACUGAUUGCAGCAAAGCAAAAAACUUUCAUCAAUAAAGCUUUUUUUACGUUCAAUAGACAUGUAUUUGAAAAUAAGAUUUGGAAAUAAAGGUAACACAAUGGA